CGCCUUUAAAACAAAAACCCUAAUCGCUAACAAAAGCUUUCAUUUCCUCGCCUUCACGAUACGCCUAUCUCUCCCUCUCACUCUCGCACACACUUCACGAACCCAAAAUGCCUUGCAAGAGGUACGUGGAGAUCGGGAGGGUCGGCCUCAUCAACUACGGUGAAGACUACGGCAAACUCGUCGUCAUCGUCGAUGUCAUCGACCAGAACCUAGCUCUUGUUGAUGCCCCCGACAUGGAGAGAUCCAAGAUGAAUUUCAAGAGGCUUUCUCUUACUGACAUUAAAAUUGACAUUAAGAGAGUUCCUAAGAAGAAGGAAUUGCUUGAUGCUAUGGAGAAAGCUGAUGUUAAGAAUAAGUGGGAGAACAGUUCCUGGGGUAGAAAACUCAUUGUUCAGAAGAGAAGGGCAAAUCUCACCGACUUCGAUAGGUUCAAACUUAUGUUGGCAAAGAUCAAGAAAGCUGGACUGGUAAGGCAAGAACUAGCUAAACUGAAAAAGGAGAGUGCCUCUUAAGCGUAAUAUUACAAGGGUUUUUCAAAUUUUGUUGAUGAAUUUGUUCCAGUUUUAUUUUUGGAUUGUUGUCCUGUCUUGCAACGAAUUCAGAGUUUAAGAGCACGGCUUGAGUUUUUAUAUAUUUCUGACAAGACUAUUGAUAGUCAGUUUUAUUGGUAAACCUCAUCUUUUAUCA